UCGCAUUUCAAUUCAUUUUGAAUUGAAACUGUGAAGCAGAGCAAUUUGCAGCUGCAUUGAUCAUCAUCUCAUGGAAGGGCACGAUUCACAAGACUCAAAGCAAAGCGCUGCUGAUAUGACAGCCUUUGUGCAAAAUCUUCUUCAGCAGAUGCAAAAUAGGUUCCAGACAAUGUCCGACUCUAUUGUAACGAAGAUUGAUGAUAUGGGAAACCGUAUAAAUGAGUUGGAACAAAGCCUCAGCGACCUGAGGGCAGAGAUGGGAGUGGAGUUGUCUCCAUCACCUGCGGCCCCUGCUAAGCCAACAGAGGAGAUGACCAAAGAAGACGGUUCAGCUUAAGUGGCAUUCUGAUUUCAAUUGCUCAUUGUUCAUGUAUUGCAUUGCAUCUGGAUUGGUAUUGUGCAUCUAGCUUUGUCUACAGUAGUGGUUCAGAAAACAGAUGUGCUCUGUAGCUAUGUGUGCAACUGAUCAUUUGUCUAAAUCUCAUUGUUUUUUUACAGUUUGAGUAUACACCUAAAAUUUGAUAUUGCAAUUACUUUGUUGAUCCCUGCCCCUUAUUACCAUGCAUUUUU